GAUUGGCUAGUUGGGUUAGAGCGAAAGCAUUUGUUAUUGUAGCACUUCAAGAUGGUCUCUUCUAUGACUAACAUGCAUCAAGAGCGUGUUACACACAUGCAAGCACAGCAACAGCAUAUUUUUUAAUAACAGUUACCUGGAUGUACAAACUCGAUGACCUCUUAUAUACUACGAAAGUCAAAAAUAACGUAGACUUACACCGCAAACCUGUUUGUAGUUCGUUUCAGGAAGUUUGGUGAACUCUAUCAAUGUACAAGCAGGUUGGGUGCUUGUUCAUCUUACAAUGUUAGAUGUUGAUAUUCUAUGGUGGUCAGUUGGUAAUAUGAAUGCGACGUCUGUUAACAACUUUCAUACUCUGGCGUACGAUCUAGAAGGAACAGAAGCUGAAGAAACCAGUAUUAAUGGGAUUUCGACAGGAGAACUUCAAAAUGCUUUGGGUAAUAAUCCUAAUGUUCGACUGGCUAAAAAAAUUCAUGAUGAUAAAGAAAAAGGGCAAACAAACUAUCGGUCAAGUUCAACAGAAGCAUCGAAACAAAACGUGACAACUGAGCUUGUGAAUAAAUCUAGUGAUGGACAGUGGAAUUUAAUUAAAGUUCGUGUAGGUUUUGAUGUUACACGUAAAGGUGAAAGAAGUCUAGUUAUCAAUGGAUAUAAAUUUACAAAAUCAAGAGAUGGUAUGGGUGAUCGUGUAUUUUGGCGAUGUUCUCGUCGUGAAUGCAAAGCCACAGCAGUUACUGUUUCAAAUAAAGUAGAGCAUAUACGAUCGAUUCAUUCUCAUUUGCCACCAGUAGCUGCGGAAUUUUUUUCUGAUGAUUCUUCUCGUUGUGAACAAGAAGUACGAUUUAACAAUUUAGUCUAUACUCAACGUUCUCGUAUACGAAGACGUAGCCAACCGAAUCCUUCUAUGAAACUAUCAAAACAAUCUGUAACGAAACCCUGUUUUCUUGAACAAAUAAAAGAAUUAGCCUGCUCAACUUCAUAUUCUGAAGCAUCGAAUGCAGUUUCACAUAAAAAAUAUUCCUCAAACAUAGGAAGUAUGGAUUGUUCACAUGAUUCAUGCAUUGAUUCAAGUGAAUAUGCAUCUUCUAUAAAGAAAAGACAUUGUUCUGAUCGAGUUCUAUCUGAUUACCCAACUUUACAAACAAUGUCUGCCCUUCUAACUAAAUGGGUUGAUUCGAAACAAAUGAAUAUAGAAAAUGACGAGGCAAAAGAACAUCUCUCCAAUAUUUCAAAAUGCAUUUUACCUCCAAAGAAAUUGUCAAAUAAUCUCUUGAAUAGUGAAGAAUACCAGUUAUUCAAUAAUAAUUCAAUUUUAGAUGUAAAUAAUUCUUCGAAUCCAACUCACGGUGAUGUUUAUGAGGAUUCCUUGUCAAAAGUAACAAAAUCAGAAAGUUUAAAAAAACUAACUACCCUGGUCACUUCAUCGAACAAUAUUUAUGAUCAUAGUUCAGAAAUCGAUUUAAUAUCAAUGAAUAAAAUAUCUCAGUUCAUUACACGGAACGGUACUACUGAUGAAGACGAUAGUAAUCGAGACUUUAUAAAUGAUAAUUCACUGAAAAAUUCCAUAAUUAAUUUGUCAAAAGCUCAGCAAUCCGAUAUAAGUUUACCUUCAAUAGAUGUCAAUUCUCUUGAACAUAACUCUCAACGUCAAAUUAUUCUUCUUAAUAACGAACAAUUGAAUGAACUAUUAAAAAUAAUAAAUUGUAGUCGAAUCAACAAUAUUCCAAUCCAAAAUGAAUCUAUGGCUUCACCUCUACAAACAUCAAGUUUAGUCAAUGACAAUUUGCUUAAUCCCAUUGGGCUGUUCACAACUUCCAAUCCUAAUUUAACUGGAGGUUUAGCACAAUGCACUACUACUUAUUGCUGUUCACACUAUCCAAGACUUAAUAGUAAAGUUGUGAAUCGCAAUAAUGAUUGUUUACCAUCAUUUCACCAUAUUUCCUGUUCUACAAACCUAAAUUCAAAUCCAAUUGUAUAUUCUUCCAAUAAUUGUCCGAACAAUUUAUUCAGUACAAUGUCCAAAUCAUUGUCAGUCAAUGAGAGUAACACUGAUGGCUCUGACACUCAUCUAAAUGGUCACAAAUCAUCAUCUCCCAAUUUUCCAAUUCAUUGGAAAAAGGAGAAAAUACGUGAAUCUGUUGAAGAAGAUGGAGUUAAUUCGUUGAAUGGAUUCUAUGAUAAUAAUGAUACAUUUUCACAUCAACUUUAUCAAGAUAAAGAUCAUGGUAAUACAUUGGAAAUGGUAGAUAAUCAUCAGAUAUCGGUUAAUAAUACUCCCUUGAUAAAUUGUUCAUCACAAUUACUUUAUGGUACGAACGAUAAAUUGUCCAGUUACAAUACAUUUAGUUCAACUUCAAGAACUACAAAUACUACUAAUAGUUACGAUAGCAGUAGUAAUAGUGAAGCACGUGAAUUAAUUCAAAGUCAAUCUGAAAUUACCAUUCAGUCAUCAGACAAUGACCAAUUUCUAUAUAAUCAAAUUCAAGGUGGUAUUCUUAUGAAAAUACUUAAUACAGUACAACAUCUGACCGCUAAACUUGAUGCAGAUGCUGAUCCUCCUGAAGUUAUUCAAAACUGUCGAGCUAUUCAAGCGUGUCUAGAUACAAUUACUGCUAUAAAAAGAGCCAAAUCAAAUCAGAUCUUUAUUGAUAAACUAGACGAAACACGUUCAACUAUUACACUUGAAGAUUCAAAUGAUAAUUUACAACACAGAGAAUUCACCUCUAAGAAUCAAGAAAAUUUCCAACUAUUUUCUCAUAAUUUUAUUCAAUCUUAAUCGUUCUUAGGCUUGUUGUCGUUGCUGGUAGUCAGACGUAUUAAUAGUUGUAAUACUAAUAACAACCAGUAAUUUCUUUGUUGAUCGGGUUAAUUUUUCUGUAGAAAAAGAGAUUCAGUUUCUUUUUUUACACAAAAAAUAAAUAAUACUACACUUUUCAAGGGAAUGUGGUUAUUUUCGUAAUUAUUUUUCUGUGGAUGGUUUUUCUAUGCUUUAUUACUUUUAUGAUACCGUGCAUUACUUGGAUGUACUAGCUAGUAUUUACACUAUUCCCAAUUCAUAUUCAUUACUCUAUCUUCGAGUUCUUCCAAUAAAAUGGUUUUAUAUUAUGUUGUAUUAGUCAUUAAAACGAAAAAAGAAGUCAGGUAUUAUCAUAAUUCAUUUUUUAGCCGCAUUUCACAUUUCAUAUAAUCACAAGAUUUUUGAAUGUUAUUCCUUAAGGAGUAUGUCAAUACAUUAAAUAUUGAAUGGUAUUAAAUCGAUACACAGUUCAUUCAUCUCUACUUAUUCCGAUUUUUUCUGUUAUUAUAUAUUAUUGAUGUAUACAGCAUACUAUUUUUACAGUUUUCUGGAACAUAAUAGUUUUCAUAUUUGUAUUUUAAUUAAUAAUUUCUUUUCUUGAAAUCGUGUUACAUACAAACAAGUAAACCUUUAAACAUAGCUUUCCUCAUAGUGGAAUUCACCAAAAAUACAAAAAGUGAUCCGA